UAAAUAUAUAUUUUUGAUAAAUUUAUUAUUAAAUAUAUAUGUAUAUAUAUAUUGUAAACAUAUACAUAUUUAUUAUUAACAAUUUUUUUAAAGUAAUGUAAAAAAAAAAAAAUUUCUGGGGAGAAUGUCUAUUAUACGACCGAGGAAUAUAUAAAUAAGGGAAAAUGGGUUGAUUAUAAUUUUGAAAAAAUUUUUAGUGAGUGAUAAAAAAAAUUUAGUUUUCCAAAUCAUUAAAAAAUUCGAUGAGUGUAAAAUUGCGUCGAAGUAACCGGUAUUCGAUACGAUACCAAUACAGAGUUUGAUGCCCUUGUCGUGGCAGUGAUCAUACGACUAUGGCCCCGUCAUCAACAACAGAAAGCAAAAGUGACUGUUGUGAAUCAACAAAACACCCACCGGAAAAUCUUAAGAAUGGUAACGGUAAAAAUAACGAAGAAAUUCAACUCGAGGAUUGCAAUGACACUGACAGUGAAGUGGAGGUGGAUAUGGUGGUACCACCAGAUGGUGGAUGGGGUUGGGUAAUUGUUGCUGCAUCAUUCAUGUGCAAUGUUAUUGUUGAUGGUAUAAUAUUUAGUUUUGGUACAUUUUUAGACCCGAUUGCUCAAGAAUUUAAAGUAUCAAAAUCGAGAGUAGCAUUUGCUAGUUCGUUACAAACUGGAUUUUAUUUAAUGGCUGGACCAUUUGUGUCGGCUUUAGCAAACAGAUAUGGAUUUCGAUCAGUAGCUAUUGUCGGCAGUUUCAUCAGUUGUUUGGCAUUCGUAUUAUCGUACUUUAGUACAUCGAUCGAAUUUCUUUAUUUCUCUUAUGGACUUAUCGGUGGAAUAGGUGCAGGAUUAAUUUAUGUACCAGCAGUAAUAACAGCUGGAUUUUAUUUUGAGAGAUGGAGAGCAUUAGCAACCGGUAUCGCGGUUUGUGGUUCCGGUAUUGGAGCAUUUAUUCUUGCGCCUGUAUCUCAAAUUUUAGUUAAAAAUUUUAAUUGGCGGCAAGCCUUACUUAUUCAAUCUGGAAUGUUAUUAAAUUGCGCGAUUUGCGGCGCAAUGUUUCGGCCACUGAAACCCUCGCGAAUAAAAGUUAAGAAGUCUGAAGUUAAUCAAGAAAGAAUUCGUGAAGAAGUUAAAAGCCCGCUGGUUAAUGGGAAAAGUGUUUCUACUCAUUCAUUGAGAGGCAGCCAACAUUUAGCGGUGGGUUGGAUUUUUGGGACAAAUAAUAAUGCUGAGUAUCCUACUGCCGCUCAAGUCAUCGCUAGUAAUCCAAAUAUUGUCAAAUCAAUCCACUCAGCACAUAAUAUACUAGGAUUGAAUGGUGAUUUACAGUUGAGUUCAUCGGAAAAAAGAUUGUCAGUGCCACUUUAUUCAGAUUUAGAUGUAACAAAGAGUAUUGAAAUUAAAAAAGAAGAAGAAAAUAAUUUACUUGACGUGGGUGACCUAGAAAAACUUAAUGGUCGAUUAUCUACAACAUUACAAGUUCGUCGACACACAAUAAGCGGUCGUCGUGAUCAUGGAAGUCAGUUAUCAUUAAAGAAAGCCGGAAGUAAACGUCAUCAGCCAACCUCUAAAGAUCCUCAACGACCGUUUUAUCGUGAUGACAUUUUUUAUGGCGGCUCGCUUGCACGAUUACCGCAUUAUAAAUCACAAUUAUCAUCAGUGGGUUAUCAUAUGUCUGUAACAAGAUUACCAACAACAACAGAUGUCGAGGAAGAAAAAAGUGGCCGAUGUUAUCUUUGUCCCGAGAGCGUAUCACGUAUUUUAGUGACGAUGUUGGACAUUCAACUACUAAAGAGUCCAUCAUUUUUUAUUCUCGCGAUCAGCGGUGGUCUAACAAUGAUGGGGUUCUUCGCACCAUUCACUUAUCUACCUGAUCGUGGUAUGUCUUAUGGAUUCGAUAAUGAAACUGCGACAUUUUUGGUAUCAACAAUUGGCAUCACAAACACGAUUGGUCGUAUUGUUUGUGGAACUUCGACAAGUUUGCCGGGUGUAGAUGCACUUGUUGUUAAUAACGUAUUAAUUAGUAUUAGUGGUAUCGCUACAAUUAUAUCAGCAUUAUCACAUUCUAAAGGAUAUCAAUUUUUCUAUGCUGCCGUCUAUGGAUCUAGUGUUUCCGCCUUUGCUGCACUAAGAUCCAUUCUUGUAGUCGAGCUCGUGGGAUUAGAGAAACUUACGAAUGCAUUUGGACUAUUGUUGCUAUUUCAAGGGGUAGCUGCAUUGAUUGGUUCACCGCUCGCAGGAAAGCUAAUGGAAGCUACUGGUAACUACGACGCGUCAUUUUAUUUAUCAGGUACCUUAAUACUCUUAUCAGCAGUUAUCUGUUAUCCACUUAAGAGAAUAAACGACUGGGAAAAGCAGCGUAACAAUGCCAAAUCAGAUAUUGAGAAUUGUUGAUUAUAUUUAUAUUUAUAACAAUUUAAAUUACUAGGCAAGACUGCUCUAUUGCUCUAUUGCAUUAUUAUUAUUAUUAUUAUUAUUAAUAAAUUUAUUAAUAUAGUCGUCAUUAGAAGGUAUUUUAUAUAAUGUGCGUGAUUUAAAGCACAUGGAGUCAAUAUAAUUGCAUUUAAUAUUUAAAUUUUACCGCCCAAUUAUUUUUUUGUUAUAAAUUUUAUUGUAAAUAUUUUUUUUUGUUUAUAAAAAAAUAUUUAUAUGUAAUUACAGUGAAUUGGGUCAAUAGUUAUUGAAUUUAAAAAUAAAUAUCCCAAUUCAUUUUAUUGUAAAUAUAUAAAUAUAUAUAUAUAAAAGUCUAGUGGAAUAUAUAUGACUUAUGAAAAUAAGUAACGAGUGGGCAUUGAGUAAAGCAUAAUAAUUACUCAUCAAGUCUAUUUAUCGUUAAUUAUACACCGAUUGCCAUAAUUAUUUAAUAGUUAUUAUUAUUAUCAAAAAAAAAAAAAUAUACAUAUAUACAUAUAAAUAUACAUGUUAUGUUACUAGAAUGAGUUAAUAAUUUUUGAGUAAUUGAGAUUUUAAAAUAGUUUGUAUGAAUAUUUGUAAAUAUUUAGUGAUUAAUAAUACAAAAAAAAAUGUUAUUUUUCCAAAGAAUUUCACGACUUUUCUUUUUUUUAUUUUAAUAUCCAAGGCUUGGGUUUGGGUAAAAAUUAAUGAGAUAUUUUGAAAGGUGAGAAAAUUCUGCAUUAAAUGAGUACCAACAUCGAUAUAUUUGGGUUUGAUACUAAUUAGGUCAAUAUGGUCAUACUAUAAUUUGAUGUAGGGGGGGGGGCUUAAAUUUUAAAUUAAAUUUAAA